CUCGUCGAUAAUCCCAAAACAACAACAACACACUGCCCGCAACACAAGUCACUCUGCGGGACACCACCCCCUAGCUCAGCACUACCGCCAAUCGGCAGCUCCUCGCACGCCAGCGCUCCACUCGCACGAGCGUCAACGCCGAGAUGUCGUCGUACCGUAGUGACUCGCGCAACAACUCCGGCGGCAGUGGCGGCACACACCCAGGCGUCAAGCGCGAGUCGACAUGGCGGCCUGGCGCAUCCUCGUCGGGGUCAGGAGCAUACCGCUCGACCGGGGCUACUUCAGCGUCAUCGUCGUCGUCCUCGCGCCCGACCAACGCCUGGGCGACGAGAGACUCGCCGCGGGUCCAGAGCCCGGGGCCGAGCACGACUCGCGUCGAGAGCUACUACGAGCCGCCAGACACCAGCUCUUCCUCCAACCGCUGGGGUAACAGCGACGACAGAGACCGCAACGGCCACCGUAGCUCGAGCAGAGAGCGCGACCGCGACCGCGACCGCAGCCGGGACACUGACCGCCGGAGAGAUGACGGCUGGGCAAGUCGUGCCAAGCAGCAGGACAAGGACACGCGCGGCAGCUGGGACGACUACCGUCAGCGCCGUGCCGCCGUAACCAAGCGCGCAUCGAGCCCCGACAGAUCAUCGUACCGUCGGAGAGACGACGACACGGGUGGCGAGCGGCGAUGGGGCAAGCCGGACGCCGACGACAGAGACAGGCGGGACUGGCGACGUGCGUCCAGCCCCGACGAGCGCGCGCGUAGACGGUCGCCCACCCCUCCCAAGGCUGCCUCUCGCCCUAGCCCAGACUACGGCAACCGGUCCGAGUCCGAGUCUGACAAUGAGCGUGGACGACGUCCUUCCCGCCCCUCGCCGCGUUGGAGAUCGCCCACGCCCGAGCCCAAACGGCGCGCACCAAGCUCGCCGCGUGCGCCAGAGGCCAAACGCGCAAGGGAGUACUCGCCCCCGUCUUGGCGGAGAAGGUCGUCAAGCCCGGCGCCGCGCGGCCGUUCGAGCUCGCGUAGCCCGAGCCCGCCGAAGCGCCAGCAGAGUGUCGAGAGAGCGCGUUCGCCGUCCCCUGCGCGCGGCGCUCGGUCUGGCGCGGACAGGGAUCGCGCACCGGCGCGUUCGCCGUCCCCGGAUCGCGGGUACGCUUCCCGCCCUGUGAACCGGUGGCCAGACCGCGAGCGUUGGCGCCCACCAGCGCGCAGCCAGAACAACAGCGCGCCGGCGCGCGAUCGUGACCUGCCUGUGCGCGACCGCGAUCUUCCUGUACGAGACCGCGAUCUUCCUGUGCGAGACCGCGAUCUUCCUGUGCGAGACCGCGAUCUUCCUGUGCGAGACCGCGAUCUUCCUGUGCGAGACCGCGACCUCCCUGCACGAGACAGGGACCUCCCGGCCCGCGACCGAGACCUCUCUGUUCGUGAUCGCGACCUGCCCGCCCGUGACCGCGACCUGCCUGUUCGCGAGCCUCCACGGGAGCCCCGCGCCAACCGUGACUGGGACCAAUCGAAGCGGUCGUUUGAUAACCGGCGCUUUGGGCAGGAGAACGAUGGUCCAGCCAAGAUGCGGCAGUGGGGCCGAGGCCGCUCGCCUAGCCAGAGCCGCUCGCCGUCACCGGCGCCAGCUGCCCGCCGCUCCCAGUCUCCUCCCCCACGCCGACAGCUGGCAUCCCAAUCUACGCGGAGCAGAUCUCCUUCGCCUCGUGGGGUCCGACGACGCCCGUCGCCCUCGCCUACUCCUCCUUCCCAGCGUGUUCUCUCGCCGCCAACGGGACCACGAGCCGACCGCCUUGGAACUGCAGACGACCGCCGUGGUGGCGGGUUCGGCUGGCGGCGAGCGGAUGUCGGCGCCGCUUCAACCGACAGGCGGGACGUUGGCUUCCCCGACCGCCGCUCCGAGCCUGUGAACCGUCCAGAGCCCAGUGGCACCAACGGUCACUCCGGGGGCCGCCCUUCGCCCUCGUCAUUCCCCCGAGCACGGAACGCUAGCCCUACCAAGGGGGGCUGGAAGUCGAUCUCGGCACGGACUGCAUUCGCCAGGAAUGCGACUCCUGAGGCUGGUCGUUUGAACGGAGCAUCGGCUCCGUCGCAGCGUUCCCAUGAGGACACGCCAGAGGUUGACAUGGAUAUCGACGACGAGUCGCGCAAGGCCCCGCAUCGGCGCUCGGACAAGUGGAGCCCGAUCAAGCCUGCUUCUGGCGAGCUUUUACGUUCUGGCGACUACCUGAGCGCUAUGGAGACCAAGGAGAGACAGUACGACCGCCACUUGGAUUCGAUCGCGCCUUACAUCAAGGCGGCGUUCUCUCAAUGGUACGAACAAGGCACUUCUCCGGCUCUCAAGGACUUUCUGGUACACUACUUUGGGCGCUCACCAAGCAACGACGAGCUGGACCAGGUGCAACAGCUGUUGACCUUACGGACGCAACUGUCGCACGACCAGGAGGAGCUGCGCCAUCUGCAUGCGCAGGCGCUGAGGACUGAGGGACAGGGGCCGCCGACGGGGCCGGCAGCACUUCGCUCGCUACCAUCGGCGGGGACGGAUGGGCAGGUUGCGACACGCACGACGGACCCGUCAACCCCAUCGACUGCUGGGGCCGCCGGACCGUCAUUGGCCUUUGGUCUUGGCAGAAACACUCAGGUCGUCCCCGGCGAGGCGUACGAGCGUCUGGCACAGGUCGGCGAGGGCACCUACGGCAAGGUGUACAAGGCACGCAGCAACGCCGACGGCGCCCUGGUCGCGCUCAAACGUAUCAGAAUGGAGCAGGAGAAGGACGGCUUCCCAAUCACGUCGAUGCGCGAGAUCAAGCUGCUGCAGGCACUAAACCACCCGAAUGUGGUUUGUCUCCGCGAGAUGAUGGUCUCGAAGGGCUCGGUGUACAUGGUGCUCGAGUACAUGAACCACGAUCUCACGGGUAUCCUGUCCCACCCCGAGGUGUCGCUCUCGCCGGCCAACAUCAAGUCGCUCAACUACCAGAUGCUCUCAGGGUUGGGAUACCUGCAUCGACGGGGCAUCCUUCACCGCGAUAUGAAGGGAUCGAACAUUCUGCUCAACGGCGCCGGCGAGCUCAAGCUUGCCGACUUUGGCCUCGCCCGCUUCUACCACAAGCACAAGCGGGACGACUACACGAACCGCGUCAUCACGCUGUGGUACCGCUCGCCCGAGCUGCUCCUCGGCGAGACGUGCUAUGGGCCAGAGGUCGACACGUGGUCGGCAGGGUGCAUCAUGCUCGAGAUCUUCACAACGAAGCCUGUGUUCCAGGGCACCGACGAGAUCAACCAGCUUGAUGUGAUCUACUCGAUCCUCGGCACGCCCGACGAUACGCAGUGGCCCACGAUCUCCGAGCUACCAUGGUAUGAGCUCAUGCGGCCGCGUGAGGCGCAGGCAUCGCGGUUCCGCGCAGCUUUCGGCAAGUGGCUCACUCCGGACGCGUUGGACCUUGUGGAGGGCCUCCUUGCGUUCGACCCCGCCAAGCGUCUGCUUGCCGACGCAGCGCUCCGCAAACCGUACUUUACCACCGAGGCACCAGCGAUGGAGCCGCCAACGCAGCUCGCUGGCUGUGGCGAGCACCACGAGAUGAGCGUCAAGCUGGAACGCCACCGGCGCCGAGAAGGGAAAUAG